AUGGCCCACCAUCGCAGUCCGGCGUUAAGCGAGCGCGAUAUCCGUCUAGCACUGGACACAACAAGCCAAAUCCUCCUCGAGGCUGGCCAGACUCAUCCAAUACGCCUGCUCGUUGUAGGCGGCGCGGUCUCCGUGCUGAGGUGGCGCAACCGUCCCACGACCCAAGACGUGGACGUCUACCCGGAAGACGCCGCCAGCUGGGAGCGAGUGCACGCUGCAUCGCGCACAGCCGGUGUUCGGCUGAAUUGGGGUGCAUUUGACUGGUUGAACAAUCGCGCUGCGCGAUUCAUCGAUGCGGACGGCGCGAUGCGCCAAUGGGCUGGCCGCGGUUUCGUCCCGGAUGGCCGGCAGACGGUCGUGUACCAGUCGCGCGCCCUCAUACUUAUUGCGAUGCCCUGGAAUCUGCAACUGCAACAGAAGCUGCGUCGAUUGACUGGUGGCGCGCUCAUCGGAGGCCAGCGCGAGGCGGACAUGAUCGAUGCGGUGGAGCUCGUGCGCGAGGUCUGCACCGAACAUAGAAGGGGUAUUAGCGCGACGGAGGUGCUCAAUUGGCACGCAGUAAACCGCCUCGGUAUCAACUGGGACGUCAUGGCUACCGUGUCGGCACGAUACCGCGGCCGCUACCCGAAUGCAGCCGGCCUCAACAUGGUUUGA